UAGCAUCUCCUAUUUCCUUAAAGAGUAAUUCCGUUUCUCAAAUCAGAAGGAGAAGUACAUUGUGUCUCUUCUCUUUCUUAACGUACACUGCACACAAAACCAAUAUGUAAAUCACAAGAAAAAGGAACCAUUUAAUUUGCUUAUCCUCCAUUUGCAAUACACCUAAUUACAUCAUGUUGCGCUCAAUUUCUGUUCUCUUGUUUUUCUUUAUAGUAUCAUUUUAUCCAUGUUCUCUAGCUGAAAUCAGAUACUCUGAUGUUCGUUCGGACGAUCAUCCAAUUAUACCAUUCGACGAAUUCGGAUUCACACAUCGUGGUAGAUUAGAACUCAAUGUCUCAAAAAUUUCCCUUGGUGUCCCAAACAGCCCUGCAAAUCUUGAUCUAUCCAAAGUUGGUUUCUUUCUUUGUACACGUGAUACGUGGAUGCAUGUUCUUGAGCAAAUUGAGGAUGCCGAAAUCACGUGUGCCCUCCAAUCUGAUAUUGUUAAGGUUGUCUACACCUUCGAUAAACUUGGUGACAACUCCUCUUUCGACACACUUUUUGUCGAAACGGAUGCUGAUCAGUACUCUCUUGUGUUUGCUAAUUGCUGUCCUCAACUCAAAGUUACAAUGUCCGUCCGAUCAGCUAUGUACAAUCUCGAUGCCAAAUCAGGCAACCGCGAUUUUCUCUCUGCUGGCAAGGCGAUUUUACCUAGGAUUUAUUUCCUGUUUUCGCUUGUUUAUUUCUCCUUGGCGAUCUUUUGGAUUUUCGUGUUGUAUAAGAAGCGACUUACCAUUCACGCGAUUCAUUUUUUCAUGCUCGCGGUGAUUUUAUUAAAAGCGCUGAAUUUGUUAUGUGAAGCAGAGGAUAAAUCUUAUAUUAAACGAACGGGUAGUGCUCAUGGAUGGGAUGUUCUAUUCUAUAUUUUUAGUUUCUUGAAAGGGAUAAUGUUGUUCACGUUGAUCGUGUUGAUUGGGACGGGUUGGUCAUUUCUCAAACCUUAUUUACAGGACAAGGAGAAGAAGGUUUUGAUGAUUGUGAUACCACUUCAAGUUGUGGCAAAUAUAGCUCAAGUUGUGAUAGAUGAGAAUGGACCUUAUGGGGAAGAAUGGGUAACAUGGAAACAGGUUUUCUUGCUCGUUGAUGUGAUCUGUUGCUGCGCCGUUCUUUUCCCUAUAGUUUGGUCGAUUAAGAAUUUGCGCGAGGCUGCAAAAUCUGAUGGAAAAGCUGCUGUGAAUUUGAUGAAAUUGACACUUUUUAGGCAGUACUAUGUCGUGGUUAUAUGUUAUAUUUAUUUUACAAGGGUUGUGGUUUACGCCUUAGAAACAAUUACAUCGUAUAGGUAUCUUUGGACUAGUGUAGUGGCAGGGGAAGUUGCAACUCUGGCAUUUUAUCUGUUUACUGGAUAUAAAUUCAAGCCUGAGGUACACAAUCCAUACUUUGUUAUUGAUGACGAAGAGGAAGAGGCCGCGGCUGAGGCAUUAAAGAAUGACGAGUUUGAAUUGUGAGCAAAUCCUAGAGAAUUGAGGAUUUCAUGAUCAGUUUUGAGAUGGUUGAAGUGUUGGUGAGAAUUAAAGUGCAAAUCUUGUAGAUCAGUUUUAUUUUGAUGUUUUGUUUAACUUAUGUAUUGUCAAUCUUUUUCUCUGUAUUUGUACUUGAGCAUGUCAUAUAAUUUCUUGGAUUAGCAUCUUGUCUGGAAAAGAACAAUUGCUCUGUCAAUUUUUGCAUUUUUUUCAGUUUAA